AUGUCGGCCGAAAUUAAUUCCAUAUUCUAUCAAUCCAUACAAAAAGAUCUGAGAAAAGCAACCGUCAAGGAGAUUGGGGAAUGCAUCAAGGCAGUCAACAGUACGCUACUUGCUCAAGCACGCAUGUCAGUAUCUGGAAGAAAGGAUGAGCUUAUUACACGAAUGACCAAAUAUAUCAUCAGUUUGAUUGCCAACAACAAGCGUGCUAAUAUCCAAAAUGUGGUCCGUAUUGUGAACGAAAUAGUGCCUAAAAAGAUUUUUUGGAGAUUUGAAAAUGAUCGCAUUUAUUUCCAUAGCCCGUCUGAACGAUCCCGAGUUGCUUUUCAUGAAAAGCGAGGUAAUACAAUUGAAAACAUGGAUUUCAAACCAAGUCCUUUUCUGAAGCCUAUUGCAAGAUUGACACAUAUCAAGGUCUGCCCUAUUGCAAACAAAGAGAGACAAUCCAGAGUAUUCCAAUUCACUUUGGCAGACGAUCACCGAGCCAUGUUGGCUACUCCCAAUGCUGUUGACGAUCGACCUAUUUACCAGAUUCGUUUUUAUUGUGCAAAAUAUACCAAUACGACAACAUCUAAUCUACUGGUUGAAUUCCCUAAUAUAUGUGAACUCAAAGUGAAUGGGAAUGUGAUUGGUGGUAGUAUACUACGAUGCUUAAAGAACAAACCGGGCACAGUCAAUCCUCCAGAUUUGACCAUCAUGACACGAAAAUCAGCAUUGAAUAAUGUCGAGCUUGUGUAUGUCAGCAGUGAUACGCCCUUUAUUGCCAGUGCCUAUAUUGUCGAAAGAACGCCUGUGAUUACUUUGAUCCAGACCUUAAGGCGAGAAAGAGUGCUGCCAAAAGAAAAAGUACUGGAAAGGCUACAAGAGAUUCAACAAGAUACUGAUAUUAUUAUGGAAUCAGAAACACUGUCUACCAAGGAUCCUCUUGCUUUUACACGUAUUGUGACACCUAUUCGAUCCAAAAACUGUCAACAUUUACAAUGUUUUGAUGCCUAUACAUAUCUUACCAUGAAUGAACAAACACCUACUUGGACAUGUCCUGUAUGCAACCGACAGAUUGAGGAUUGGGAGGAUUUGAUUGUAGACCAAUACUUUAGUGAAAUGUUGAAAAAUACACCUAAACAUAUAGACAGUGUUCGUGUAGAACCCAAUGGUCAAGUCACUAUUAUAGAUGAAAACCCUGAUUUAGCGCAAGAAGAAGACUCUGAUGAAGAUUCUGAAUAUGAGCAAUUAUUUCGAGAGAAAGCCAGUGUGCCACCUGAGGAAAUACCUACGAUUCUUCUUGAUGACGAUGAAGAAGAAUUGCAGGCUAAUCCAAUUGCUGGCGAUCAACAAGCACAAGAAAAUAUACCCACUGAACCACCAAGGAAGAAGCAAAAGUCUGAUGUGAUAGAUUUGACAAUAGACAGUGAUGAAGAGAACGAAAAUACACCCAUACAGUUUGUGAGGUAA